AUGGCAGGACCAAGUGCCUCUGAGGUCAUCUUCAUCUCUGUCAAUCACAGCAUCACUUUGAUGGGGAAGGUGUGGCUCAUUGUGAUGAUCUUCCUCCGUGUCCUGAUGCUCCUCUUUGCUGGUUACCCUCUCUACCAGGACGAGCAGGAGCGAUUUGUGUGCAACACCAUUCAGCCUGGUUGUGCCAAUGUGUGCUAUGAUCUGUUUUCUCCCAUCUCUCUCUUUCGCUUCUGGCUGGUGCAGCUUGUCACCUUGUGUCUCCCCUACAUCAUCUUUAUCAUCUACGUGGUCCAUAAGGUCUCAAAUGGCCUCACUGUGGACCUGAACUCCUCCGGUCACAUCAAAGCCAUGCCGCUGUUCAAGAUCCACCAGGAGCCACUCAGCAAGACGCCCGUAAAUAAGAUGCCUCUGGUAGCUGAGCAAGGUUGGGCCCGGUGCUUCACAGGAGCAUACAUCCUACAUCUGAUGUUCAGGACUUUGCUGGAGGCAGGGUUUGGAGCAGCUCACUACUAUCUCUUUGGUUUCUACAUCCCAAAGAGAUUCCUGUGCCAGCAUCCACCGUGCACUACCCAGGUGGACUGCUACAUCUCCAGGCCCACUGAGAAGACUGUGAUGCUCAACUUCAUGCUUGGUGCUGCUGCUUUGUCCCUUUUCCUAAAUGUGUUGGAUUUCUUCUGCGCCAUCAAACGCUCUGUGAGGCAGAAGAGCAAGAGGAAGAUGAUGGUGAAGAAAAUCUAUGAGGAAGAGCAAUGUUUCCUGUCAACCGGAGGAGCUUCCAGGGGAAUGGACCUAAACGCUUCAGGGGCUCAGCAGGAUUCAGAAGAAGCUGGUCAGCUGGGGAGCUUCCGGAAGAGGCGAGGCAGCAAGGGCUCUUGCAGUGCAGGAGUGCUUGCUUUAGGUCCGGAACCACCUUGUCUGGAGCACCCCUCUCUUCCUCGCUCUCCAGGACCUCCAGGUUUCAACACCAAUGGGAACAACGGCUAUUCUGUUACCCAAGAGGAGGCUCCAGAAAGGAAUGGCAGCGAGGUGGCUCUCUGCCCUCCAGAGCCAAUGGGGACACCCAGGUCCAUUCGUGUUAGCAAACGCAAUCGACUCAAACCGCCACCUCCGCCCAGACGGGACCUCGGGUUGCUUCCUGGGGCAUCAGCAAGGCCCACUGGAGAUGUUUCCACAGCAGCAACAAUCUGUACCAGAAGGGUGGGUCAGUAUACGCUGGUGGAGAUGGGCAGCAGUACAGAGCUACAGACCAACGAUGAUGGACAGGAGAAAAGAUCAGAGUGGGUUUGA